AUGCGGUCCAUAACCAACGUGAACCUCGACUCGUGGCUCCUCGGCGAGGACAAGACCAGCGCCCCCCGGUCGUCGCUCAAUGCCGUGGGGGCAAGUCCUCCGCCUGCCCCUAAGAGAAACUCAGUGCGUCUCACAGGCCACAGCUCCCCGCCCAAGUCCAACAUGCUGGAGCUUUCGUACCCAUUCCCCGUGAGCUCCAAACUGCGUAAGCUCUUCCGUCCUAAUAAAUUACAAUGGAAGAAAAACAUGGACAAAAAGCAGCGGCAAAUGUUGGGGCUGGAUACGACGAGCUUCCAAAAGCUGCAGGGCCACGUGCCGUUCACGCUCAAGGAGGUCGUGAAAGACCCAAAGAAGCUGCCGUAUCUUUUGCAAUUUCUUGCAGUGGACGCGGAGACUCCCAGCGAUGCCACACACAGCAAUUAUCACCAGGUUUUACUAUAUCUAAUGGAGAUCGAGCAGCUCCAGACGGUGGACGAGGGGAAACAACGCGAGCAGGCUCGAAAGAUAUGGCACAAAUACAUCGACAACUCGUCCGAGUUUCAGAUCUCGACGACGCUGGAGCUCACGGCCGAACUGGAACAGCUGGUGAAAGACAACAUUGAUAAGACAGACAAGGUGAACGACAGCUUUUUUCCUAUUCAGAAACUGGCCUACAUGAGGCUCACACGAGAGGAGAUGCCUAGGUUUCUGAAGAGUGACGAGUACCUGCAGAUGCUCAUUGAUACAGAGGACGGUACUAGAAGGAUUCCGAUGGAGAGGGUACUACAGCAACCACGAGCAGCUCACUACUUUUUGCUGUUCCUAAUGCAAAGCCGACAGCAUUUCGAACUGUAUUUCUGGCUACAUGUCGAGUAUGUGCUGAAACCUCUAGUGGAAAAAGCCAACUACGAGCUCUUCUGGCGUCUAGCGCGCGUACUUGUGGAUAAGGCACAGAAUGACUCGCAGGCCAUCACACUCGCGACCAAGAACGACUUACACCUUGCGGUGUCUAGUCGUCGAUUUGAUGAUAAACUCCAACCCGCACAACCUAAAGCCAAGGCGCUUUUUAACAAGGCGCAGCAAGAGAUUUUCGCCAUGUUGCGGUCCUCGUGGUACGAUCGAUUUAUCAAGAGCGAUCUUUACAAAGUUGCGCUGAAGGAUUCACUUAUCCACUUUGAUCUCGUGGAGUCGAAAGACUCGCCACCGAAGCUGCUGUCCAGAGCCUUCUCUUCUGCUGAGUACUCGAAGGUGCACAGCAACGCUGACGAGGCUGAUGGGGAGGGUGAUGCGGACAGGAAUGAAGUCGGAGAUGCAGAAGAGAACAGCGACAGCAAGCCACCAACCACGGAAAGCUCAGAUCAGAUGAGCACAAGCAACAGCGAAGCCGGAAGUCUGAGCGACUCAGAGGAGACUGAUGAGCGCGGCUUUUCAAAAGUAAUCUUGAAUCUCGAGAGUAUCAUCCGACUGACUAAGCUUCCAGAAGGGCUUCAAGUCCACUUCCGACCGAACUACGAAUCUCCUAGCGCUAGUGCACCCGUGCCGAAGGAAAAUGACUGCGGCAUCGAUACCAUUCUGACGUUCGCGACGUUCAUGGAGAAGCCGGAGGGGGGGGAUGCCGCUGCUACGUUGAUGCUGAUGUCUGUUCCCAAUCCAUAUAAGGGAAAAGAUAGCAGCGACGAGUCAUUUGGGGAUACUUCACGACGAAUCAAGACCUUCCUUGUGCCAAGUGGACGGAUCCUCAUCAAGCGGUCAGGUGGUGAAAAAUGUCCCGCUGAUAUGCUGUUCCCUUUCCAACAAAGUGGCCGAGAUGGAUUCUUGUUUGGGUCCGUCUACUUGACGUAUGAGCCCAUGCACGUGGGAUCAUCCAACGAGGAAAUGUAUGUAGCUAAAGGCUUCUGCUUGCUAUCUCACUUACCGCUUGUGAACUCGCUUAGAAAGUUGGUGGAAGAUCACGUCCAAAGCGCCCAAGAUCAAUCCAGUGUUUUCGCCCACGAUCGAUUGGCACUGCUGUUUCAAAGCAGUCUCAGCUGGAAAAGAACAACGAUUACCAGCGCUAGAUUCCACACGUACGUGCACCCGGAAAUGCGACGUCUGGCUCAUCGCAAACACAGCAGCAUUCUGAGUCUACCUUUGAGUACACUGGAGACACAAGUGGACGUCCCGAUGACAAUUCUUUUCGAGCAGUUUGGGACAGCAAUGGUCCUCCAAAUCCUCGCCAGCGCGGUGCUGGAGUGCAGUAUUGUGGUGGUUGCCAGUCAGUAUUCGCUGCUUACAAUGUGCGCUGAGGCUAUCCGCAACUUGCUGCGUCCGUUCUCAUGGUGUCACGUGUAUGCUCCUGUACUACCGAAGCAACUGCUGUCUUAUCUCCAGUGUCCCACACCAAUUCUCGUGGGUGUCAACACUGAGUUUGCCUUGCGAUCCAACCUUCCAACGCGUGGUUUGUACCUCGUUGCUGACGUGGAUCGCAAGGUCGUGGAAUAUGUUGGCGAUCAGUCCGUGUCUUGGCGUGGUCUGGGGCUGCGAGAUGAUGUGGACGAGGGAUUGAUCUUUCUGCCCAGCUGCUUCGAAGCUGCGAAACACGAACUGGACAGAUUACUCUUCCCGAGAACGCUGCAGUUCGACGCAAUCGGAGGAUGCAAGACGACGUCAAUCGACAAUGUUGACAGCUCCUUUGCCUUUUCUUCUCCCCCCGAGACGGAGGCCGAGCGCGAUGAGCAGGUGCGGGGAAUCUGCUUCGAUGUGUUCUCGGAGCUCUUGAGUGGCCACACGAAUGCCUGUCUAGUGGUGGGCGACACGAAGGAGUCUGUGGUUAUCUUUGACGAGACCGAGUUCCUUGCGACUCGUGCAGAAGAAGACCAACCGUUCUAUCGGGCUCUACUGCGUACACAAUGCUUCUCAGAAAUCGUCAGUGCACACCGGAUCAAUAUGAGUUCGAAAGAGGCCGACACGGAGACGUUGGAGACAGAUGAGGACCUGCAGGAAGGAAUUAUCUAGUUAAUGUCAACCUUUGCUAGUCUCGCGGUUUCUAACAGUUAUGGCAGGCUUGCAAAUGC